GAUACAUCUAGCCUACUUUCAUCCACUAUGCUCGUAUACUGACUGAUGCCGCUGGUCCAAACAACGUUAUGCCGCGCCAGCUAGCGCACGGUUGACCAGACAAAGCUUUUUAGAAAGUUCUUCAACGCGAUUCAAGGGUUGGAAAAGUGUUGAGUUAAUACCUCGAUAUGCUGACACCGUUUCGACCUGUCACCAAGGAGAGAUGCUACAAAAACGGGACCGUAUUCACUGUUGCUGCCACAGGAGCGGAAACAGUGCAGCGGAUAUGGGGUCUUCUAAAUAAUUAAGAGAAGAGGAGCGCUUUCUUUACUGCAGACUGGUACGUCAAGUAACGGUUCGGUAGAAUCUAACGGAGUUUAUCCACCAAUGCUAUGAAAUCUAACAGAUGACAUAUCGCAACCUCGGAUCGAGAAGCAGAUUUUACGGCUGACAUUUGACAGACGAGAGAGUGGAAGGGGAGCGGAAGGGAACGACACAGUGCCGCCGCAAAAGAGCGCUGGAUCACCGCUGGGAGUCCACAGACCGUCGGUGGGGCACGGCCCAUGCCGAUCUGUCGUCCAUGAUCAGACGUCGGGAAAUAAACAUGUAGCUAGCUACUGCUACUUGGUUAUAGUACAUAUGAUUCACCCUAAAUAAGAACACGGGAAAGCGGGUAUACCGUGUCGAUUACGGUACGGUAUUCCACGUUAUUUUGACGGUGUCCAGCCUCCCUUCAUCACCUCCACCACCACCUCAGGCCUGCAGUCUCCCUCUCUCCCCCCUCUCACCCCAUUCUGUCCCCCCUGGAAGAGGACAACAGCCUACCCCAGACCACCCUAGUUGCAACUAGACUACAAUCCAACAUCCUACCCCAGAUCACCCUAGUUCCAACUAGACUACAAUCCAACAUCCUACCCCAGACCACCCUAGUUCCAACUAGACUACAAUCCCACAUCCUACCCCAGACCACCCUAGUUCCAACUAGACUACAAUCCAACAUCCUACCCCAGACCACCCUAGUUCCAACUAGACUACAAUCCCACAUCCUUCCACUCCACCCCUCCCCAAACAGACGAGGGGGAGAGAGGAGCUUCGCCCCCCCCCUCAUCCCCUCCCUCCCUCUCUCUCCCCCCUCCCAACAUGCAGCCUCAGGGCCUGUGUGUAAGAGCCAUGGUACAGCCCAUCCCUAGAUUGAAAUCUUGAACCACUCCAGUUGUACUGCACUGAGUAAUGAAGUGAAGCUAAAUGUUCUGAUGUGAAACUGGGCUGGACCAGCGCUGAACGGACAGGAGAAAACAGGAUGUGACCUCAGCAUCAGCCCACCUCACUUCCUGUUCAUCUCAACUAAUAGGAAGACUGGAUCACAGGCCUCAAAUUCCACAAUCACUCAAUCAAACUUUAUUUAUAAAAGCCUUUUUACAGCAACAUUUCUCACAAAGUGCUUUACAGUAGUCACCUUAGUAAACCUAUUUCUGACUUCCAGAGAGCAGGCAGCAGCACAGUGGCAAGAGAAAACCUCCUUACAAGUGGAGAUGUGUUAGCUAACCUCUGACCUCUGACCUGUGUCUGGGCUUGGCUGCUUGUUGGAUCCAGGCCGUAGUAUUGAAUCUAGUGGCUUCUACUGACCGUAGCUAGCGCGUCAGCUUCUAGAAUGUUCUAUUAGGUUCUAGUACGUUCUAAGAGGUUCUAGUAUGUUCUGUUAUGGUCUAUUAGAUUAUAAUAUGUUCUCUUAGGUUCUAGUAUGCUCUAUUAGGUUCUAGUAUGUUCUAUUAGGUUCUAGUAGGCUCUACCAGGCUGUCUCUGGCCCUGUGCUGUGGCCUCCUGGCCUGUGGCCCUCCUCUCUGGCUCUAGCUUUGGGCGAGGCACACAGUUCUCCCCCCUCCCCUGCUCAACCUCCACCAUUCGCCCCUCCCUCGCCACGGCUGUCCUCCCCCCCCGCCCCCGCCCCCACCCUUCCUCCCCCUCCCAUCACCACCACUCCCCCCAUCAUCACCAUCACCCCCACCCCUCUCAACCCCCAUCUCACCCCCAAUCCCCUCCUCCCUUCUCCCCUGUGGUCACCAUGACGACCACUCCCACUGCUCGUGAGCAUCUCCUGGUGGUGAGGAGGCGCAACCCCCACAUGCGCUACACUCUCAGCCCUGAAAACCUGCGCUCCCUCUCAGCCCAGGGCGGUGAUGGCAUUGGCCCUAGGGGUCACGGCGGGGAAAGGUCAGCUGGUGAACGGUCAGGGGUCGGAGGUCAUGGAGAGGGUCAUGGCGGCGGACUACAAAGGGCCAAUAGCGACACGGACCUGGUGACCUCGGAGAGCAGGUCAUCGCUGACUGCGUCGACAUACGAGUUCACGAUGGGGCGGGGCCAAAACCUGGUCAUCAACUGGGACAUCAAGGAGGAAGUGGACGCCACGGACUGGAUCGGACUCUACCAUAUCGACGAGACCUGUCCUGCCAACGUGUGGGACUCUAAGAACCGCGGGGUGAACGGCACCCAGAGAGGACAGAUCGUCUGGAGGCUGGAGCCUGGACCUUACUUCAUGGAGCCUGAGACUAAGAUCUGCUUUAAGUACUAUCAUGGAGUGAGUGGUGGCCUGAGAGCAACAACCCCCUGCAUCACCGUCAACAACCCAGGACUUCCUGUUAGAGCCGAGGGCCAAGCUGAGGGCCAAUCAGUGACAGAGAACUGUCGGAAACUCGUCAGCUUCACUUUAUCAGAUAUCCGUGCGUUGGGUCUGAAGAAGGGGAUGUUCUUUAACCCUGACCCCUACCUGAAGAUGUCCAUCCACCCUGGGAAGAGGAGUGGCUUCCCCACCUUCACACACCACGGACAGGAGCGCCGAUCCGCCAUCAUAUCUAACACCACCAACCCUGUCUGGCCCGGAGAGAAGUACACGUUUGUGGCUCUGAUGACGGAUGUCUUGGAGAUCGAGGUGAAGGAUAAGUUUUCUAAAAGCCGACCAAUCAUCAAGCGCUUCCUGGGUCAGCUGACCAUCCCAGUGCAGAGGCUGCUAGAGAGACCUAAUGCAGAGGACCAGCCGCUAAGCUAUACCCUGUGUCGUCGUCUGCCCACGGACCAUGUGAGCGGCCAGCUGCAGUUCAGAGUGGACAUGACCUCUGGACAUGACGAGGGCUCUCCUGAUGCCAUGGGUUCCAUCUUGGGUUUGUCAGUGAACGGGGACCCUGGGAGCCCCUCUGACGAUGAAGACCCCCACCCUUCCUCCAGGGCCCGGGGCCCCUCUCCCACAGGUUCCUACUCCUCCCUGCUCAACGGAGAGGUCCACAGGGAUGGAGACGAUGUCUGGAGUGACGCCCGAGGGGCGGUAGGCGAGCUAGACGUCCUGGGAUUGGCAAUCCCGGGCGGCCACACCCAUCGACAGGUGUCCCUCAACGACUACUUGGAUGCCAUCGAAGCUCCUAAGGGCCCGGGAGAGCGGCCCCUGGGCGCGACGUCACCCAAGCUGAGGUCCAGUUUCCCGACGAACACACGACUCAGCGCCAUGCUGCAUAUAGACUCUGAUGAAGACGAGGAGGCAGGGCCGUCCAGGGACCAUCCACCCCAUGACAGGAAGCCCUUGCUGCCACUGGCCAAUGGUGUUCAGGCUGGGGUUGGGAAGGGAGCUGCCUCUCAGGACCUGGGGAAACAAGAGAAAGAGGGGACAGAGGCAAACAGGGGAGAGGUUGAGGGAGCACAGGGGACAAAAGCUGGGGAUGGAGCUGGAGAUGGAGCUGGAUCUGGGGAUGGAGCUGGAGAUGGGGCUGGAUCUAGGGAUGGAGCUGGAGAUGGGGCUGGAUCUAGGGAUGGAGCUGGAGAUGGGUCUGGAUCUGGGGAUGGAGAUGGAGAUGGGGAUGGGGAUGGAGCUGGAGAUGGGGCUGGAUCUGGGGAUGGAGCUGGAGAUGGGGCUGGAUCUGGGGAUGGAUCCAUGGCUGGGGUUGGAGUUGCAGUUGAAGCGAGGACUGGAGCUGGAUCCAUGGCUGUGGUUGGCUCUCUAACUGUAGCCAGACCUGGAUCUGUGGUUGGCACUCUAACUGUAGCCAGACCUGGGGUUGGAGCUGAGGCCAGACCUGGAUCUGUGGUUGGUCCUGGGGCUGGAGCUGGGGCUCCUCUAUCUCCAAUACCUGAGACGAAUACUGCAGUGCAGGGGGUGUCAGAGGACGCUGUGGCAGCCAGGACUGAGGCCAGCCAGCAACCAACGAUCUCAGGGGCCACAGCAGCCCAGGAGCCCCUCAGGAACUCACUGCCUGCUGUUCUGAAGACAUCCACUACUCAGAAGGGACGGAAGGAAGAGGAAAUGGCGCCCAAGGCUGAGGAGGAAGGGGCGGAGUCAUCCAGUGAAGGAGCAAGUGCCAUUGCAACCUCCCCGACGACCAGUAGCGUUGCCGACCAGGGGGGCGGGGCCUCUGGCUCUGAUGUCACAGGAGCAAGGACCGCCAGCGCAGCAGCCAAUGAGGAAGAAGAGGGUGGGGAGAUCUGGCAGAGGAGGUCCAUGCAGGCGUCUGGAGGCGUGUCUCAGGAGGAGGGGGCGCGGUCUUCUGAGGCGAGCGGGCCAAUCGACUCUUCUCAGAGUGUCUCUGAGGAGGGCAGCGAGGCAGGAGGGGCCACAGGUCAAGUCAACGGUCACCAGUCCGUCCGCUCCCUGCCCUCUGUCCGUCACGACAUGGGUCGCUACCAGAGAGUAGAUGAGCCACUUCCUCCCAACUGGGAGGCCCGUAUAGACAGUCACAGUCGUGUGUUCUAUGUGGACCAUGUGAACCGCACCACCACCUGGCAGAGACCCACCGCGCCUCCAGCACCGCAGCUCCUCCAGAGGUCCAACAGCAUACAGCAGAUGGAACAGCUCAACCGCAGGUAUCAGAGUAUACGCAGGACGAUGACCAAUGAGAGAACAGCAGAGGAGCUGACAGCUCCGCCCGAGGUGCCCACCGACGACACUGACCACCACACUAUCCCAGAGUAUCGUCGUGAUGGUGUGGUGACUCCAGAUAGCUCUCGGUCUCGUCUCAGUCUGCUCCUCCAGUCUCCCAGCGCUAAGUUCCUGACCAGCCCUGACUUCUUCACCUUGCUGCAUUCCAACCCUAGUGCCUACCGCAUGUUUACAGGUAACACCUGCCUGAAACACAUGAUCAGUAAGGUGCGUCGGGACACGCAUCACUAUGAGCGCUACCAGCACAACAGAGACCUGGUGGUUUUCCUCAACAUGUUCUCCAACAAACAGCUGGAGCUGCCCCGUGGCUGGGAGCUGAAGCACGACCACACUGGCAAGCCUUUCUUUGUGGACCACAACUGCCGGGCCACUACGUUCAUCGACCCUCGGCUCCCUCUUCAGAGCAGCACACGUCCCAGCAGCCUCCUGGCCCACCGCCAGCACUUGACCAGACAACGCAGCCACAGCGCUGGCGAGGUCAGCCCACAACACAUGGUGGGUGACCACCCUCGUCAUUCUGGAGGAGGACCCCCUGUAAUGCCCCGCCCAUCCAGCACCUUCACCCCGGUCAGCCGCACCCAGUACCAAGACGUAGUGCCAGUGGCUUACAACGACAAGAUUGUGGCGUUUCUACGACAACCCAAUAUCUUUGAGAUCCUGCAGGAGAGACAGACAGAGUUUAUCAGGAACCACUGGCUCAGGGAGAAGGUGCAGUUGAUCCGUAAUGAAGGGGCCUCUGGUCUGGCCAGGCUGUCUGGUGAUGCAGACCUGGUCAUCCUCCUCAGCCUGUUUGAGGAGGAAGUGAUGUCAUAUGUUCCGCCUCACGCCUUACUGCACCCCAGCUACUGCCAGUCCCCACGAAGCUCCCCCGUGUCCUCCCCACAGAACUCACCUGGAACACAGCGAGCUAAUGCCCGUGCCCCUGCCCCCUACAAGCGAGACUUUGAAGCCAAACUGCGAAACUUCUACCGCAAACUGGAGACCAAGGGCUACGGCCAGGGCCCAGGGAAGUUAAAGUUGAUCAUCCGUAGAGAUCAUCUCCUGGAGGAUGCCUUCAACCAGGUCAUGUGUUACUCCCGGAAAGACCUGCAGAGGAGCAAGCUCUAUGUCAGCUUCCUGGGAGAGGAGGGGUUGGACUACAGCGGCCCGUCCAGAGAGUUUUUCUUCCUGGUGUCCAGAGAGCUGUUCAACCCGUACUACGGCCUGUUUGAGUACUCCGCCAACGACACCUACACCGUUCAGAUCAGCCCCAUGUCUGCCUUCGUAGACAACCAUCACGAGUGGUUCCGUUUCAGCGGGCGUAUCCUGGGCCUGGCUCUGAUCCACCAAUACCUACUGGAUGCCUUCUUCACUCGACCCUUCUAUAAGGGCCUGCUGCGCAUCCUAUGUGAGCUGAGUGAUCUGGAGUAUCUGGAUGAGGAGUUCCAUCAGAGUCUCCAGUGGAUGAAGGACAACGACAUCGAGGACAUGUUGGACCUCACCUUCACUGUCAAUGAGGAGGUGUUCGGACAGAUCACAGAGAGAGAGCUGAAGCCGGGCGGGGCCAACAUCCCGGUGUCAGAGAAGAAUAAGAAGGAGUACAUUGAGCGCAUGGUGAAGUGGCGUAUUGAGAGAGGAGUGGUUCAGCAGACAGAGAGUCUGGUCCGGGGCUUCUAUGAGGUGGUGGAUUCCAGGCUGGUGUCAGUGUUCGAUGCCAGGGAGCUGGAGCUGGUGAUAGCUGGCACCGCUGAGAUAGACCUGGUGGACUGGAGGAGCAACACAGAUUACAGAGGAGGUUACCAUGACAACCACAUAGUGAUCCGUUGGUUCUGGGCGGCGGUGGAGAGGUUCAACAACGAGCAGAGACUCAGGCUGCUACAGUUUGUGACGGGUACCUCCAGUAUUCCCUACGAGGGUUUCGCCUCUCUCCGAGGCAGCAACGGACCCCGCAGGUUCUGUGUGGAGAAAUGGGGCAAAGUUACCUCUCUACCCAGGGCUCACACCUGUUUCAACCGGCUGGACCUCCCUCCAUAUCCAUCCUUCUCCAUGCUGCACGAGAAGAUGCUCACUGCCGUGGAAGAGACCAGCACCUUCGGCCUGGAGUGAUGACCCCUAUCACCUUUAUCCUUUAACCCCCACUCCUCCUACGACCUUUGACCCUGACCUCUGAACUGUAGUAUCACAGAGGUAGAGGAACCCAAGGGGUUCAAGGGGAUGACUGUCUAGUCUGUCUGGCACCCUGUUGUAUCUUUAUACACACUCACCUUCCUGAAGUGAGCUGAACAGAGGAGAAUAGACCGAUGUGUAUCAGAGGGCAUGACCCCUGCACAACGCCAGGGUUUCCCUGUUACGGUUAAGGUCACUUAGACACACUGCCAACACAAACCAAAGGAGAGCACCCUAACACUCACACCCUUGUUAGUCCAUUAGACCAAUGGGAGAGAUGGACUCGUAAGCCUCCAACCAAUCGCACAAUGAAGGAACAAAAACCAAGACCCGGAGUGAGACUCCAACUGGCUCCUCACGUUUUAUUAUUUCAAAUACGGAUUUCCAGUGGAGUCACGUAAGGAAGGUGGUGGUCGAGCUUUUCCUGGAGAGCAAAACCAAAGCUGCUUUAUCUCACUGAGAGGCUGAGGCCGACAUCACAGGACAUCUCUCCUCUGAGAGGCUGAGGCCGACAUCACAGGACAUCUCUCCUCUGAGAGGCUGAGGCCAACAUCACAGGACAUCGCUCCUCUGAGAGGCCGAGGCCGACAUCACAGGACAUCUUCUCCUCUGAGAGGCCGAGGCCGACAUCACAGGACAUCGCUCCUCUGAGAGGCCGAGGCCAACAUCACAGGACAUCUACUCCUCUGAGAGGCCGAGGCCGACAUCACAGGACAUCGCUCCUCUGAGAGGCCGAGGCCGACAUCAAAGGACAUCUCUCCUCUGAGAGACUGAGGCCGACAUCACAGGACAUCUCUCCUCUGAGAGGCUGAGGCCGACAUCAAAGGACAUCUCUCCUCUGAGAGACUGAGGCCGACAUCACAGGACAUCUCUCCUCUGAGAGGCUGAGGCCGACAUCACAGGACAUCUCUCCUCUGAGAGGCUGAGGCCGACAUUACAGGACAUCUCUCCUCUGAGAGGCUGAGGCCGACAUCACAGGACAGUGUUGCUCCUGGAGAAGGGGAUGAGAGGAGAGAGGAAGAGAUGAAGGAAGACAAUACAGGUGCUCUUCAGCUGCUGUGGCCACGCCUCCUGUCCUGUCAGGGAAAGAGAACCAACCAAUCAAGGUCCAGGCAGCUUUGUGACCUGAGCUUGUUGAACACUCUGACAGGUGUGUUCUAGAACAGAACACUGAAGUAGCCUAUCGGGAUGCGGUGGUGUUUGUGUGGUGAAGCUGAACUUGGAUCUCUCUACAGGCUUUUCAUCUAUCUGCAAAAUGCAUUUUGUAACUGCCACAAACAACGAUAUGUUUUUUGAAUAUACUGACUGAUAUCACGAUGAUGAUGCGCUUAAAUGUGUGGUUUUUGUACGUCGCUCGAUGACUCGUCAAAUCUAAACGGCUGCCUCAUUCUUACCAGACUUCAGGGCAAGCCAUUAGCACGGAUAACCAAACUCAGCUACGGAUUGUUUCGAUAAAGACAUUACAUUGAGUUGGCUUUCCCAUAAUGUUAGACACAAGCUCACACACACUCUUUCAGUGUUUUAGCUCUUUUCAUUGUUUGCAAGUAUGUUGAUUGUCAUCGUCACUUUAUCAUUGACCUACACUGCCAGAGUAGAGGGUGAUCUGAACUUUUCAAAUCCCUCAUGUUUGGUUGUUGCUCUUUGUUUUUAACUUGCUUCUACUUAUUAUCCUGAUUGCCACCUAAUUGAAUUUGUUGGUUUGAUAUGUUCCUAUUUCAAUAGGGUUUGGGACCCCUGAUAUAACAUCGUAUAA